GGAGCCCCUCGGGCCUGGGGGCGGGUGCUCGGGGGAGGGUCCGCCGCGCCAGUCGCCGCCGCCCAGAUCGCCACAGGCGGCGUCCUCCCGCCGCGCCUCCCCCAGCCCUCACCUUCGGGUCGCCGCGAUCUCCCCCGCGCUCGUGCCCCCUCCCGCGUAGUGCUUGCCUUUGUUCCAGGAAUAGCGCUCCAGGUUCCCGCUGCUGCUGCCGCCGCCGGGCCUGGCUCUGGAGCGGCCGCCGCCCUCUCGGGCCAGCCCGGCCCCUCCCCUGCACACUCGGACUCGGUCGUGCGCUCCAGCUGCAAGCCGGGCUCCUGUUACACAGCGGACAGACCACCCUCAGCCCGGCCGCUGCCAGACUCCCAGGCCCGCAUGCAGGUGCCCAGAGACCUGCGCUGCCGCCGCCGCCGCCACCGCCGCCACCGCCACCGCCACCGCCACCGCCACCGCCAUCCACCGCAUCCCGCCGACAGCCUGCAGCCUUCAGCGGUCUGGACUCGCCCGGGAGGUGUCUGA